CACGUUUUGUUUAGUUUCGUCAAGUUUUGCCAAGUCUUGCAGUGUUGCAGUUCGAAUCAUGAAACAAAUUUAUAAUUUACAGUACUAGCCAAACAUUAGGCUAUAUUUGAAUUUUAAGGUUCCUUCAGAACUGUAGCCAAUAACUUAAAAUUAGGAGGCUUUGUUUUGCUGAGCUGAACUAGGCUAGAUAAUAGCUUUCGUGAUCCUGAAACUAAAACUAGCCUAUUAGCCAAUUUCCUUCUUUACGUUUUUUAAACGAUUUGUCAAAUAGCAAACUACGACAAGUGACUCUAGAUAUUCAUUUUAUCAAUUAUCUACGUAUUCCCUGAUUAACCUAGUUGUUCAUUUCAAUAACCAUGGUGACAGUUCUGUCUUAGCGUGGCCUUCCUUGCUUUCUUAGAUGCUGGGUCGGGGUUAAUAGACGCCACAGAACUGUUUGACAUGAAAAAACGAAGUUUUGGUUAAUUUUACACCUCCCUUUUCCAGAUCUUAAAAAAAAAAAUGGCAGACACUGAAGAGAUAAAGUUAAUAAUUAAAGGCAUUUUAGUUUCAAAUCCAAAUGUCUUAAAAGCAAAUGCAUUACUGAAGGAAUGUGAAGCACAUCUUGAAGGGGAAAUCCCCCUCAGAAAACUUGGAUUUAAGAACUUUGUAGAGUUUUUGAAAUCCAUCCCAGCUGUUGUCCAGGUUCAGGCGGGAUAUGACUACAACCCAGAAGUGUACCCGGUUGUGUCUAACAAGAGCAAACACAUAGACCAGUUGGUGUCGAGGCAGGUAUCGAGGCCGCCCAAGAAGAGAGGAUUUGACAGACCUACGAGGAGACGUCGGGGUGCGGCAGAGUCUCGUCCUCCGUCACGCCCCCCUGCAAGAUAUAGACCCAACCAGAGCAACAAUGCAUACAGUUCGAACAGUUACACAAAUAGCACAAGGUAUCCCUCGAACAAUGGACCUUGCAGCUCCAAAAGCUUAUCCUCUCAAGCAGACGAACGUAGCAACCAAGUUUAUUACACUCAAGAUGCUCCACAGACCACAUCCGCAUAUGCUACAGAAGGAUGCAUCCCAGCAGGGUACGAAGAUGACGAUGAGGAUGAUGAUUGGUUGGAAGAUGAAUUAGAUUCGGAAGAAGAGAUGUUCCAACAAGUGACUCAAGCGUAUGCCAAUAGGAACGGAACAUCCUCCAUAACCACACCACCUUGUGAAGGAGCUGCAACGGAUUGUUACGACGAUAAGACUGAUCAGAAUGAAUACUUGGAGGACAGAUGUUAUAUCAGUGAUAAAAUGAUCACCAACUUCAGAUCCAUCCUGGAACGUCAUUCAGAAGGCAUUUGGGCUGCCGAGCUUCCAUCGUUGUACCAUAAAAACUUUGGAGUCCGAUUUGAACUCCACGACUUAGGAUACAGAAAUAUUUUGUCACUGGUAUCAUCCUUGCCUAAAGUGUUCUCUUUUAGAAGAGAAGGACCGCAUGAUUGGAAGCUCUAUGAUGCUCGAUUCGUCACCCAAGAAAGUCUUGACGCCAAAGGAGAAUUCCUCAUAACAGAAAGCGAAGAAUACAUACCCGACUCCAUCAUCACUAAUGUUAAAGAACUUUUGAAGAAAAACAGGAGUGGAUUGAGGAGUACGGAGCUACUGGAAUACUAUCUUGAAGAAUACAACAAACCAUUGAAGCUAGAUUUGCUCGGAUUGACGAUGAAUGAGUUUGUUAACCACUUGAGAAAGCAUGUGUCUGUAAAAACUUGUAGUGAUUACUACUUUUUGUUACCAAAGCAUGAGCGCAUAUCAUAUGAAGCAUUACAGCCGCCUGAAAAAGAUGAGAGAUUGUUUGUUACCGUGGAGUCCCUGAGUGGGAUGGUACCCUCAGAGGUGGUCAAAUAUGGUGAGGAGAUUCCGAUGCAAGCCCUUCCUCCUGUCCAGGACUCUGGGCCUGACGAUCCUCUUAUGGAGUUAGAAGUGCGCAUAGGCGAAGUUAUGUCUCCGACCUACUUUUACUUCAUGCUAAGCAAUUCCUAUGAAAGUCUAGAAAACAUGAUGGAUGACCUACAUUUUUUGUACCAAAGGGAAGAGGAUAAGUAUAAAAUACCAAUACCAUACAUAAGAAAAGACCUCUAUUGUGCCGUGAAGUAUUGCGAGUUCUGGCAUCGAGCAAAAGUAGUGGAAGUCAAGGGUAACGGUAUUGCUGCGAUUGAGUACAUUGACUACGGAACACCAGCCACCAAAGAGUGCUCUCACCUUCGUUUCUUGACCAAAGACUUUGCACAACUACCGGCGCAAGCAAUUUGCGGCAAGCUCAUCGGUGUGAAGCCAAAGAAUAAUGAAACCAAAUUUACAAGAAAAGUCAAUGACGAGUUUUUGGAUAUGGUCACAAACAAAAGACUGAUAGCACAUGUGUACCAAGUCACUGAAAGGUUUCUUCACAAACAGACAAAAGUACAGUUCGAGAUAAUCCUCUUUGACACUGAAAAUCCUAAAGGGGAAAUAGUACUCAACGAUCAUCUGAUAAGGACAGGGCUGGUCAGUCCCAUCCCGCCUGAGGAAAGUCCACCCCAAAAACUGGAGCCUGAGACUAACCCAAUCUUAGAAAGUGAUCCAAACAUCUUAUCCACGAAUAAUAUUCUAUUCAGUGAUGUAUCCCCUGAAGAAAACAGCACACUACCUACCCUUCUGCCGAGUGGAAAUGCGUCAUUACCAGAAGACAUCUCUUCAAUAGCGAGUGGAUCAACUUUACUUCCAGGAGAUGACCCCUCGAUAGCGCUUCUACCUAGCUCGAUUGAUGACCAGCUGAAGUUUGUGUUGGAAUCCUUACUCCAAAAUUACUCCCCUCCUCAUCGGAUCUCCUCUAUCCCCUCUCUUCCAUAUAAGAAUAUACCAGAGAAAAAAAAUACUACAAGGCCUCCUCCGGGAUUUAAGCCUCUUCCUGGUACAUGUCAAAAAGAAGAGCCUCAGAAUAUUGAUAUGCCAUCGGUCACGGCUUCGUCUACUGACACUAGCCAAGACCAGUCCGCCACCAUUAUACAAGUGCACAACUACUACAGUUAUUCUUAUCCUUCCACGUUGGGUUUGCCAGCUGCUUACAAUCAGCCACCACCGAACCCUUCCAAUUUACCUUAUGCAGGUCAUCCGCUUUACCAAUCAAAUACCCAUAUUUUGCCGUACAACCAACGUAUCCCUUCAACCAAUCUUUACCCACAGUAUCAACCUGUUCUGCCACAACAACCCUUACCUCUUACUUCUUAUUUUGUACCAAAUCAGAUGGCAUUUCAACCUUUAACUUACUUUGUGAAUCAACCUGUCCGGCCUAGUUACCAGAAUUUCCCUUCUAGUGCUAGCAUUUGCCCACAUUCUUCACCUUUCCCUACCUCUUCUUAUCCCACGUCUAGUCCAGUCAACCCCAGUUCUUCGCCGAUUGGCUCAUCAGGACGUUCAUCCUACUCGGGUGUUUCCGCUCCAACCACUGUUUCUGAUUGGGUAAAUAAUCUGCCACCAGUGUUAACCAAUGCCUCUGUGACCAAAGAUGAGACUAUUCUUCAACCAGUAACUCCACAACCGCCAUCUAAAAGUGAGGUUCCCAUCGUGAAUGACAUCCCUCGGCCUGCUACACCCCUGACUCCAGCUUCUGCAGAAGUCGCUAACAUCUGCAAACACAGCAGGCCAACUUCUUCUGCAUCUCAAGCCUCUGAGAAAUAUACCAAAUUCAGCCCUCUUCACAAAACCAACUCUGAAGAUAGAAUAUCAUUUAAAAGUUCUAUUGAUAACAUUCAAAAAGAGGAAGAAAAAAUGUCAUUUAAAAGUUUGAAUAAUACCACACUAAAAGAGGAAGGAAAAAUGUCAUUUAAAAGUUUGAACAAUAAUGCACAAAAAGAGGAAGAUGAAAUGUCAUUUAAAAGUUUGAUUGAUAACGCACAUAAAGAGAUGGUCAAGCUAAUGUCCAGAUCCACUCCCUUGGAAUCCAAACUCGAAUCUCCUCAACAUGAGAUCAUUUUGGAUAAUGAGGUGCAAGAAGCUUUCUCACUUCGUCCAAGCAGCCUUGAGCAGUUGUCUACGUGCGGCAGCCUUGUAAAGUCAGUGUAUUCUCCUUCUUCGAAAGAUGACUCGAGUGACGACUAUGCUAGUGCUCCUGAAGAACUCGAAGAAGUCAAUCACCCACUGGCUAGCUUAGUUUUGAAUAAUCAUCCAGUCUUGACUGAGCAAGAAUCAACUUUGACAGAGCAAGAAUCAACUUUGACUGAAGAAGAGACAACUUUGACUGAACAGAAUCCAACGACUGAGGAGCAACUGUUUCUGUAUGAGCAACAUCCAUUGACUACGGAACUCCCAGUCUCCUCUGAACGAUUACUGAAUGAACAAAAUGCAUUACUUACUGAAGAGCAAUCAGUAUUUCCCAAGCAGAAUCCAGUUGAGAAAUAUGAACCUUGUGAUGACAGUUUUUGGGACAAUCUAGAUAUAGAUGAUACGCCACUUACUGAAGCUCAUCUUCCCUUUUAUGAUAUUGAAGAACAGUUACAACUAAUACUGGAUAGAAUAAACACACCUACAGAUGAGUCUAGCAUAAAGAUUGAGUGCCCUGAAGUAGUAGAAAGCGUGAAUGAACCAAGGAAUGUGUCAGUUAUGGAGUUUGAGUGCCCUGAAAUAAUAGAAAGUGUAAAUGAACCAACAAAUGAGUCAGUUAUGGAGUUUGAAAACCCUAAAGUACUAGAAAGUAUGAAUCAACCACUAAAUGUGUCAGUUAAUGUGAAAAACGAGAGCCCUAAAAAAUUAGAUAGUACGAACACCCCACCAAAAGAGUCCGUUUUGGAUAAUGAAACCUCUAAAAGGUCGCCCUUGUUAAAGAUCAGCCAAAUUCCGAUGAACUGGAAGGAUGCUUUUGACCCGGAUGCUUUAAGCAUUUCAAGAAAAGUUGAUAACAACAACGUACAAAAAAAACCACCUCCAGAGAAGUUUGGAGUAAGAAAAGUUCCCGUUCAGAUAAUAGGAAUUGAGAAUAAACCGUUCCAUCUGCUCUUCGUAGACAAAAAGCCAGCAAUCGUGGCCUUGGAGUUCCUAAGUCAGUUUGUACAGGGCAGACCUCACACAAAUGUGAAAGUGCUCGAAUUGGACGAGUCUAUAAAAUUCUUCACCAUAAAUCAAACAAGUCAUCCUGAAAUACUCGCUGAAUUGAACAAACUUGACGGAUUUUUUGGAGAAGUUGAAAGGAAGGCUAUUCUAAAAAUGAAUAAAGUACUCGUAUUGAAUUUAGCCGACAUUCCAAAAUGUUUGGGAGUUUUAAACAAGAGGAAUGAGCCUCUUUUUCGUGAUAUCAAGAGACUGAUUGACGAAUGUUCAAAGCUUUGAUCAACCUUUCUCUCACAAGGCAACGUACUCAAAGUUAGUUUUAGAUUAUGACAGCCUCUGACCACAGUGCCAAUUGUAUGUACUUAAGUGCCUUAGUAUGUAAAAACGUUCAAAAAUGCCAAAUCGUAUAGAGCAACAAUUGAAACUGUUGCAAAUGGAAAUAGUCCGACAUAUUUUUAUAUCAUGUUGUUGCCUUCAUAAAGUUGAGUCACCAAGUAUUAAAGGGUUUUUAGGAAUAAUAAUUUAAGUCAUUUUGUACUAUUUUGUAUCUUUAGUAACAUGUAAGUUGUGUAAAAAAAAGUUGUUUGAACUUUAUCUCACCGAUAUUAAGUUUCUCUUUGUGAAUAAAUAUCUAUAGUUCCUCUACUUUGUUAGAUAUAAGUUUCUUGUUUGACAUUAAGUUUAAAGUGUUCAUUUUCAUUAGAUGUUUACAUGUUUCAAGUCAUUUGCUUUUAAGUUUAUGUAAUUAUAUAAAUAAAUACAUUACUAUUUGU